CCUCUUCUCUCUCUCUAACAAUCAUCAGCAAGAGGAUGCAAUGAAUCCUCGUAGAACGGCAGCUGAUGCCCUUUAUGGAGGAUUAAAGCAAGAUAAGAAUGGCAACAAAGUAGAAGGACAACAAGACACACAAGAAGAUACAAUUCCCGCCCCAUUCUUACGUGCAUUGCAUGAUCAUCUUCGAUCAUCAUUGUUCAAUCGAACAUGCGCAGAUAUUCGAAUUCGUGCUUUCAGUCGUACUUAUUCGCUACACAGAGUCAUCCUAGUACAAUCACCAUUCUUUGAUACACUUUUAAAUGGAGAAUUUGCAGAGGCAAAAUCACGCUUGGGUGUUUGGAGAAAAGGCUCAGCUGGUUUGGUUGGUCAAAAUUCACAACAAGAUGCAUCGCAGAGUGUUACCGAGAAUGAAGAUGAUAUGAUGGAAUUGCACUUUGACGAUCCUAACAUCACAAGACCUGCUUUUGAGUAUUGCAUUGCAACAUUGUAUGGAGCUGCACCAACGCUCGUCUUGCCGGAUUGGGCCACUCCUUCCCCGGCUUUUCCACUAACGAAACAUUUUGAGCCUGAACGUCUCUUUCAAUCUAUGGAAGGCAAGGAAAAUACACAAAAAGGCAAGACAGAUGGAUCGACCGAACUAGACGGCGAAAGUACAAAAGCCUAUCAUCCGGCCAAUCCGCGCUUUCUGCUAUCUCUUUUAGCAGCAUCAUCUUAUCUCGGUAUACAUUCACUCGUCGCUCAAUCAGUCACAUUGAUCUUGUGCUCCAUCACACCGUUCACAGUCUCACACUAUCUGCGAUUCGCACUCGGGUAUGGUAUUUCAGGAGCAUUUGAUGCGAAACAAAGAUGUCAAGGGAACGCCAGCGAAUGGGACUGGGAGCUUGAAGGACCGGUUUGGGGAAUGGAAAGCAUAGCAAAGGAAGAUAAACUGGAUAAAGGAACCAAUACCCUGUCAUUCAGUAUGGCUCAGAUGUCCAUGUCUGAUGCUCAGACGGAAAUUUCAGAAAGUGUAGAUUAUGGAGAUACUUCAUUCGAUUCUACUUCAAGACCGGCUAUGGCAGGCUUUCAAUACGGCAUAGAAACAGACAAAAUUGGAGAGGCAUGCUCUUGCUGGCUCCUCAGAUGGGGUGCUGACACAAUGCUUGCCGAAGAACAACUCAAUCUGCAAGACGAGAGUAAAGGGAUGGAUCAUUUGAAUGCUGUGCCGCUUUUGCCGAAUGGAAGGAUGCCCGAUUUGUUCUAUGAAAGAUCUGCCAACUCUUAUUCUCGUGUUCAGUCGGCUUGCGAUCCUCCUCAGCCUAUUAUAUGGCGACAUCCACUCCUCGGCGGAUUGCCUGCCAACUGGGUUCGUGCCACUAUUUCGAGUGAUAGCUUCUGGAUUCGGGAAGAGUGGGAACGAUAUGAAGCUGCAAAACGUGUGGUCUCUAUGCGAAGAGCUUUCUCCCGUGGCGAUUUGUCUACCUUUACAGAUGAGGAAGAAGAAGAGGAGAUUGAAGAGGAAGGUAAUGACAGCAAUGAGGAUGAUGCCAACAUCAAAAUCAUUGGAGAAACUGAAGUCGAGACGAAAGGGGACAAGAGGAACUCCCAACGUUCUUCCAGAAAAGGUAAAAGCUCCGAUGUAAGCCAAAGUCACAGUGCUGUUGAUGUCGAUGAUGAAGCAGAUGAGGUGGAGUACACAUUACUGUUUGGCGAAGGCAUCUACUAUACGCAUAUGUCCUUCAAUCGUUUAUCAAGCAUAUCAAACGACCUUUGCCCGUAUACUGGACAGUCUUAUGCACCAAUUGGCGUAUUGCAAAGCGCACUUUGGACACAAUCUGAGCUCAAAAAUAUCAUUUUACGCAAGGCAGGAGAGAAUGAAAAGCAAAACCUGAUUGAUUUUCGCACGAGAGAAGACGAAGAUGAAGAGGAUAUUCGAGUGGCAAGAGAAAAUUAUUCUACUACCGCUAGAGGCGCACAAGAAACGGAUUCCGACCGAGAAUUGGGUCUGGUCAGCCAUGAAGAUGAAUUUGCAAAAGCAUAUUCUACCUCAACGAAGCGUGGUCGUACAAGUCGUGCACAUAUGAGUGAAGAGGGCAAGCCGAUAACAUUGGGAGGUGUUACACCGCUCAUGCAACCUUUGAUGCCUUCUCCAUCUUCUAUCAAUUCUGCUGCCGAUGGUCUACUCAGUAAGCGCUUCUUUGCUAUCCCUGUGGACGAUACGAUUCGAGUUGGAGAAAAUCUGGCAUCACUUGCCGCUAGCCAGAAUCAAUCAGCUUCCUCGAGGGAUAGCAAACAUCAAGCACAGUUGCAUCGUGGCUCUGACGGCCCUACAGGUGUAGCAGCAGCAGUCAGUCCAAAUGUGUUGUCGAUUGCAAACGAAAGCAAAUCAUACACAUCUUCCCAGUUCUUUGGCAUGUGCAAUGCAGUACAACUAGGAAAGGAUUUGGGCAAACAAGGUAUGAAGGAUUCCACAUUGUUCUCUGAAAGCAUCAGCAGUCCUACGUCAUUACACUUGCAAGCCUCGCAUGCUGAGACAAGCCCUUCCACAGAAAGCUCUCACGGCUGGACUGGCUUUGAACCAAUGCGUGUUGGCGUAGAGUUUUAUGACGUUGAUCGAUUGACCGAAAAACAGAGAUCGUACAGUCCAAGUUUCUUUUAUGCAGGCAGCGUUUGGAAUUUGUACAUUCAAACGGUCAAAAAAGCAAAAGGACUUCAACUUGGCAUAUAUUUGCAUCGUCAAAACAAUAAUGAUACAUUGCCCAGUCCAAGUAGACCAUUGAGAUCCCUGCCGACUUCGAGAAUGAUCGGCAGAGAUGGAAGUGAGAUGGGCGGGCUGCAAGCUGCACGAGAUGGUAUCACGUAUGAGAGGAGUGCUCAUAGCAAUAAUGUCACUUCUGUAAUCGACUUGAGUCCUACGCACGAUGAUCCGGACAUGCAAGACACUUCAACGUAUAUCCACGAUUCGCAUCAUCCAUUGCACAAUAUUGACGGAGAUAGCAACGCUCAUCUUCGAACGCCCACGCAAUCGCGUUCGCAUCUGCGAUCUUCGAUUGCAGGGGCUUAUUCUCUGACUCCCUCACCUUCUGGCUUAGGUGAUGAAACGGGCAGGGUUGUCGAGACUUCAAGUCCGAUCAACAAGGCACAAGUACAAAUGCCAGAUGUUCCCUAUCUCGAUCAAAGAAAGAUCUUGCGAGCUUACUUUUCUAUUCAUUGUCCUUCCCCUAUGGGUUCAAGUCUGACAAAAUUCAGUUCAAGGCCAGACAAUUUUACCUUGAGUCAAAGCUGGGGAUGGAAGAGUAGCUCUUUGCUAGGAGCAGUAUACCUGGAAGACGGUCAAUUGGGCACCGCUCGGAGUCAAAUUUCCCAAACGUUCAGAUGCAUCGUUACCAUGGGAAUCGUUUGAAUCAUCUAGUCACUUUUUGCUCAUAAGUUCAAUACCUCAUUUGUACCAUAUAUCAAUUUAUCAUUCAAUUCUUUUGUCAUUAUGAUACAGUGUGAGAUCAAUCAGUCGUCG